CGACUCUCCAAUGAGAUUCGGAAAUCAAAAAACCAAAAAGUCACAAUACAUUCAUUCGAACGACCAUCACGACUGAAAGGAGAUGCACUCGACCUUCGAAGCCAUCUGCAAUCGAAACACUCAAACGAAUAUCCACGAGGAUGCACAGGAAGGUGGUGAUAACCAGGACCAAUGUGCAAUUUGCUUGGAUCUAAUCAUCAAUCAGGCGGUCAUCGUUCCUUGUCAACAUUCGGAAUACUGCUUCCGAUGUAUGCGGAUAUGGACGACCACUUCAAAUCGCUGUCCGAUCUGUGUCCAACCAAUCGACCAUCUGGUCCACCGGAUCGACCCCCGCACCAAAGACUUCCAAAUAUUCCAUCCUCUCCCCAUCAUGCCCAACCUGAACAAUGGUGAUGAUAACAAUCGUCAGAGUCAGGCGGCCUCUCCCACUCUUCCUGCUGCUCAGCACCCUCCAAAUUCAGAAUCAGGACCAUCAUCAAGUCAAUCAGAUCAUUUCAUCGGCCUAGAUCGUCGUCAAUUUAUCUACCGCCAUUCACUCUAUGCCAAGCAUAUCCCCUCUAAUCGAUACACCCAGUUCUAUCCUGUCUCAUCCAAACAUUUUCUCAAAGACCGAUCCAAAAACCCAUCCGAGCCCACCAGACGAGACUGUCCAUCUGCCAAGCUCAUCGCCCGGACCAUCCGGUUCCUCCAACGCGAACUCAGAGCGAUCCAGCCCGAAGUCUUGGCCCAUCCGAUUGAGCACUCCAUCCGAGUCAUCAUCAUCAUCCUUCAUCGGGCAGACUCCAACAGUUCUGAAGCGGUUCAUCUGUUCAGUCAGCUGAUCCGCGACCCUCAACUGGCUCAACAUUUCUCCCAUGAAUUGACUUGUUUCUUGAGAUCGCCUUACGACGAUUUACUUCAAUGGGAUCAAGUUCUUCAGUAUCCAACAGCGCCAAACGUUUACUGAAAUUUCAAUUGGAUAUCAAACCCGACUAUCCUCAUCCCUAUCUGGUCUUGAUCCAACUCUCAUCACCUGUCUACUCAUCUUGAUUAUUUUUAGGACAUUGACUUAAUUCGAGCAUCCAGUGCUUUUUUAAAAAAAAUCACAGGACUGCGUAGCAAUCCGGUGUUGAUACGUUAGUCCAAACCAAUUGUAAUCGAUUUGAUGAUUCUAAGGACAAUGCAGGGAUCAAAUCGAGCCGGCGAGAUUGUAUCGGUCGAUCUUAUCUUGGGUCGAGGUCGUCUAAUCUAAGAAGACCUUGACAAACACCGGGCCGGAGCCGAUUCAGUAAACAACCGACUGGUUCUCUAGGACAUAUGGCAUUUACAGGCCAGAUUACAUUCCUUUCAGGAGCUCUCAAACUCAACUGGAGUAAUGCGUCAAGACCCAGAAAAUCAAGUUUCAAUCCACCUUAACCCAAACCCUUUCCGGUUCAAGUGACUCGCUUUGACUAACCUCAAAAGGCUUAUGACACGAACUAAAUCCAACUCCAUAUCUGUCGAAUAUUGCUUAUGGCAAUGGAAAAGACUGUGUUGAGAUACGUUUCUGUAAUUAGUUUCCGGCCUAGAGCUAACUUAGUCCUCUUUAUUGACCAAGUUUAGUGGCUAAUGUUCUUGUCAUGCCGGGCAAUAUAUGUGGCAAGCAGAAUUAAAAGAAAAUGAUAAAACUCAAGAGACAAAAAUACAAUGUUAUCAUGUGUUCACUGACUUUGGCGGCCGGGACGCUUGUUGCGCCAAGCCAUCCGUUUGUAGAGGUGUAGAAUCAAAUCGACAAAACUGUAGCACUGUGUAAUCACUUUGCACAAUGACUAUGGCCACCGGGGUUUGGCCCUAGGGAUUUACACUCAAAGAGCCAUCAUGAUUUACAG